UGAUUUAUCGCCAUCUUCCUCUCACUCUCACUUUCACUCAAGCGAUUCGAAUUACUUGGAAGUUGAAACCCCCGACUUAAAACCCCGAACGGAUUUCUUGGGCGAUGCUAUUAAACGUGAUUGAUCUGGCAGAAGAAGUCCCCUGUAAACCUUAAUUCCAAAAAGACCGGGGGAUCAACAGCUUGCCUAUCUACAUCUGCCUAGUAGGUGACUUGAAGGAGCACCUUCCCUGGCAGCCCUGGCAGUCCUGGCUAGCGGGGAAACAAAGUAACUUUAUUGUUUUCAAACAAUUUCAAGUUGAAACUUUCAACUUUCAACUUUUCUAUUUCUUAUUACCAUGUCCUAUCAUCGAUGGAAACCAAACGCUUAUGACGAUGAUCGACGACGAACGUCGUAUGGAAACGACGUCGACCGCCAUUAUAGACCGAUAGAAACCGGAGGUCAGUCUCGUGAUCGAAUCUAUGAUAUGGAUUCAGUCAGACGUGACCCAAGGGACAUCAAAGACACGAGAGAGAUCCGCCCCCCGCGAAGUCCACGUGGAAACAGAAGAGAAAUGGACAGGCCUAAUAAAUUAUGCAUAGACACUAAAGUUGCCGAUGCCAGGCGACCACCAUCGGCAACUAAUUCCCCUGGCAGUACUCACAGUACAAUUCAGAGUGCUCGCCCAACACCAAUAGAACCAGCAGCGGAUAGAUUAGCAAGAGCAAACAAGGCGUUGAAUCCUGCAGUAGCGGCAGUAAGCCCUAUUGUCCCAAAAGCUAAAGAUCCACAAUUGCAAGGAGUAUUUGAGGCUGUUUAUAAAUGGAAUGAGAUAUCGCAAGAGCGCACGCUACUCAAACUGCAAGAAGACAAAUUAUUACGAGAGGAUGGUCGACGCCAAAAUGAAGUUGGUAAAAUUGUUAAUAAAGUGGAUGACUUUGCGCCAUUCUCGGAAUUCCAAAAAAGAUUCGACGAGAGUGCCAAGACAGAACGCGAAGGAGUCCAGAAGCAUCGUCUUCAAGUCGAACAACAGCAUCGAGAAGAUUUAGAAAGAUUUCUCUCGUCCAUAUUAUCUCAUGCGUUGGCAAAGCCACAGGCGGCAGCGGCGGCCACCGUAGCCCAGAAUACUACCGCACUAUCAGCAUUGGAGGAUCAGUUUGCAGGCUUUAAACAACAAGCCCUUCAACAGGCGUCAGAACAGCAAAAACACAAUUCUGAAGCCCAAAAGCAGAUUGAGACCUUGUUAAGCGACCACGAGAAAACGACAGAAAAACUUAAUGCCCUGGACCGAGACUACAAAGCCUUGAAGUCCGAGCACAAUGUUCUUCAGUCUGAAAACGCGGAACUCAAGCGCCAACUCACUAAGCUCGAGCCCACCAACGUCGAAAUCACCCAAAAAAUCCAGGAAGAGAUUGAUCAAUUGUCCAAAGCCUUUCAAGCUCUUGUAAUUCGGAUUGAUGAUGUGGAAACCAAGGUCUCCACGUUUAUGGAAAAGGUUGAGGAACUAGACAUGGUAACCUAUAAUGAAGUGUUGGAGACUUGGAUUGACCACGACUUUAAAAAUAAGGUCUUCUCCAACGAUAGAGCAAUUGCUACUUUGCAACAGAGUCUGCAAUCUAUGCAAGAGUCGACUGCGUCGCGGUUCGAUAAGAGUGAUUCCCUUGCUCAGGAGACAAGAAAGGCACUUGAAGCGGUGGAUACUGCACAAGUACCCCAACCUCAGCCCGACAGCAGGAUGUCGGGAGAUGGCGAAGCCGCACUUCAAAUUCUUGUAGAUGAGAAGCUCAAGCCAUUUGGUGAGGUCCUCCAGAAAAUCGUUGCUGAAUCUGCCGAGGCCUGUGCCGACAUGGUUGAAGAAGUGAGGGCUCAUGUGGACAAAAUUGAGACAAAUAUUGGUGCGUUGGAACGAUCAGGUGCUGCUACGAAGGAAGAGUUGGUAUCACAAAUCCAAUUCUUGAGCCAGACUGCAGCGCAACUCGAAACGCGUUUCGGAUUACUUGAGGGUUUAAAGCUCAGCCAAAGACUUGAUCUUGUCGGCCGCAGGCAUCUCGAACUCGAACAAAAAGUAGUGGCUUGCCAGCAAAAUAAUGCGAAUGGAGGGACAAAUAAUUGCGAUGCCCUGCAAAUAAUCAAGCCGGAUAUAGACGAUGCAAAACGAAGGUUCAACGCCCUGGAGCUAGCCAUUCGAGCAAUCAAUACGCAGUGGUCAAAUCUUAGCUCGAAGCAGAUGGCUGAAAUGAUACUCGUGCAAUUAGAUCCAUAUGGGCAACGAAAUGAAGCACGAAUUGCUAAGAUCGAAAAGGAAGCCAAUGAAUUGACGACCAAGCUCUCAAAUAUUGAGCAAAGCAUUAUUCCCUUGGCUAAGGACUGUAAGAGGUUGACAGACAUUACAAAGGCCCCAACCCCAGAGAAAAGACCCGCCUCCCCAGGAUCACCAGCCGACGAGUCAACAAAGAAAAGAAAAUUAGGAGAAAACGGACAAUUCAUAGCAAUUACCAACAAUGCGCAGCAAUAGUUAAAGUAAAGCAACUGAGUAUUGGAUGACGAAAGUCGACUCGGGCUGUACAAUUCCAUCUCAUGGCUAUGCUUGUGGACAUAUAAUUGUUCGAUUGUCAAGUCGGACUAUAUGGGACAGUCCAAACUAACCCAUAUGGUUGAUGCUUUUAACGAUUGUUCGAAAUCCACUUGGGAAAGAACCUUACAUUUGUGAUAGUUGCUAAUUGUCGUGCUACUGAAAGCGGAUGUACUACAUGGUUACAACACCCCCCUAUGUUUUGCUUUGCUGCUAAUACCCAGAGAGCGAGAGAUAUGGGAUAUUAAAAAAGACCAACUGGCUGGAGUCAUGGCGUUGGGGGAAGGAAAACAAUAGACACGAGAAAAUGCGUC